AUGGAAACUUCUGAAGUUUGUGUUUUGUGUGAGAAAACUUUAAUUGGUGAACAAAUAGUAAAAGUGCAAAAAGGAAUUAAAAAUAUUAAAAGGAUGAGUGUUCUUCGAAAUGAUAAUAUGCAUAUAUUGCUUGAAAACAAAGACUCUGUGGAAGUACAUACGAAAUGUAGAUAUAUGUAUAUACGGCGUAUAAAAGAGAAAGAGCAGGAAUCUAACGAAGAGUCUCGUCGGGAAUUACGGCGAUUGAACUUUCAGUUUGACUUUAAAACGAUAUGUCUCUUUUGUGCCGAAGUUCUGGACAAUAACCAUCCGAACCGAAAUCCUAUUUCAUUAGUAUCAACUAUGAAAAUAAAAGACAAUAUUAUCAAAAUUUGUAACGAGCGCAAUGACGAAUGGGGAAAUAAUGUUCUGGUACGCGUAAACUCAGUUAAAGACUUAGUUGCGUCCGAAGCGCGAUACCAUAAAUCGUGCUAUACGUUAUUCAACCGUCAUGGGAGUAAUCCCAAGGGAAAGUCAAAUUUGUGUGAUAAUAAAAGCGCUUUAAACUUGACAAAACAUAAUGCAUUUUAUCAGUUGUGUGAUUUUUUAGAAAAUAAUUAUGAAUGUCAGUACGACAUAAAAGAAUUGAUGGCAAUAAUGAAAGAAAAAUCCCUCGAUGGAGAAGAAGUUUAUUCUGAAAAAUAUGUUAAAAUGAAUCUAAAGUCUCAUUAUGGUGAUGCCAUUUGUAUGACAUCAAAAAGUGGAAAAUGGACUAUAGGUUUCCGUGGUACAGCUUCUCGUAUCCUAAAUGAUAGGUGGUAUAAGGAUAAAUUAAAAAAUAAUGCAGACGAGCGAAUGCGAAUCGUUGAAGCUGCCGCAAUUAUAAUCAAAGAAGAUAUUUACUCCUUUACCUGUGAAUAUAAUAACUACCCUUGCGUUGAAGAAAUAGCCUCAGGAGGUUAUAAUGUAAUCCCCGACAGUUUAAAAUGCCUAUUAUGA